UUACAGGGUAGUUUGAAGAGAAUUGAGUGGUUGAACAAGCAUCGCAAUAACAGCAACUCUGCUUUAUAUGGCAUAACAGAAUUUUCUGACUUGACACCGUAUGAAUUUCAGCAGUUUAUUUUACGAAGACAGGAUGGUAACUUCAACUUUCAUAAGUACAACAAAAAUUCCAAAUUACGCAGGAAAAGAAGCUUCUCAGAUAUACCAAAACAUUGGGAUUGGAGAAACAAGAAGGUAGUGACUACCGUGAAAGAUCAAAAGGAUUGUGGAGCAUGCUGGGCUUUCAGUACAGUUGAAACAAUGGAAACUAUGUAUGCUCUUAAAACUGGCAUCUUAAAAGAAUUAAGUGUGCAACAGCUCAUUGACUGUGCAAAGGGAAGUAACCAAGGUUGCGAUGGAGGUGAUACCUGUGGCGCUCUUAUGUGGUUAAAUAAAUAUAAUGUUAGUGUGGUGACUGAAGCUCAGUAUCCAUUGAAGAAUGUUGCCCAACCGUGCAAGAUUAAAAAACCUAAGAAAGGAAUUCAAAUUACUGACGAAUUCAGCUGUGAUAAAACAAGUUCAGUUCCAUACUAUAUUGUGCGAAACUCAUGGGGUUCUAAGUUUGGAGUGGAUGGGUAUCUGAAAAUUGCUGUUGGAAAGAAUUUAUGUGGGAUAGCUGAAGAAGUUUCUUAUUUGGAUAUUUUAUAAUAUCGGCUUUGAAGCAUCGCGUAGGUUACAAAAAAAAAAGACUUUGAGAACAAAAGUUCUUGCUAGAACUGUGUUAAUACAAAUAAAUGAGAGAAGAUAUUGAAAUUGAGCUUAUGAUAUACUUUCAGGUCACUAUUUUAGGUUGAUAUUGCUAUUGUUUAAGUUCCUAACUUGUAUAACAAUUUUUCUAUUGUUUUUAAGACUAAAAUAUGAAGUUUUGUUAAUUUUAUUAGUUUUGAUUUCAGGGACGUACAAGAAAAAAUCAUUUGAAUUAGUAGGGACUUUAAACUUUGUAUCCAAAUAAAUGGGCACAAUUUCAUCACAAACUCUGCUCAAAUAAUUUUUAAAUUUUAUUUUAUUUAGUAAAAUUAUUUAUAUAUACAUUCAUGCAGCUAAUAAGAUAGAUGAAUUUAAAUAAAUUACCACAUACAUAUUACAAAUGUAGCUUCAUCAGAGCAUACAAAGUCUUCAGUUCAACAGACAGUCCUGAAUAUAUGUCAUAAAAUGUACAAAAACAGUGUUUACUGUAGUCAGUGCUUUAAAUCUAGCAACACUCCUGGAUUUAUGUCAAAAACAUACAAAAACUGUUUAGUGUUGUCAGUGCUUUAAAUCAAGCGACACUUCUGGAUUUAUGUCAAAAAUAUACAAAAACUGUUAAUGUUGUCAGUGCUCUAAAUGAAGCGACACUUCUGGAUUUAUGCCAAAAAUAUAUAAAAACUGUUUAGUGUAGUCAGUGCUUUAAAUCAAGUGACACUCCUGGAUUUAUGUCAAAAAUAUACAAAAACUGUUUAGUGUAGUCAGUGCUUGAAAUCUAGUGACACUCCUGGAUUUAUGUCAGAAAAUAUACAAAAACUGUUAGUGUUGUCAGUGCUUGAAAUCUAGUGACACUCCUGGAUUUAUGUCAGAAAAUAUACAAAAACUGUUAGUGUUGUCAGUGCUCUAAAUUAAGCGACACUCCUGGAUUUACAUCAGCAAAUAUAUAUAAAAACAAUCUGUAGUGUUGUACAGAUACUUCAGACGAACCAGCAAUCUUGGAUUAAUAUGUAAAAAUGUAAAUAAAUAAAUAGUUUUAUGAGCUGUUUAAUUACAAAUGUUGCCCUUUGUCCAUCUAUUGAUUAUGACCUGCGUCGGCUGGAAAAACGCGCUAUGGCAGAACAGUUAAGAAGAGUGUGUUUUCUACAAAUAUUGUCAGAGAAGUGUUAAACCAGGAUGCCCCCUUAUAAGCUGAACUUUGAUUGUGUUAACAUUUUUUGUCAGUGUUAUUGUCAACAUUUACAUGCAAUCCCCCACACACACACAAAGUAGAAUCAUCAAUUUAUAAACAGCUUUAGAAAUGUUACAUUAAUUAAUGUCACUAACAGAUUUCUUCAGUUUUAUUUUUUUAGAUAGUUUAUGUAAGUGUGGUAAUUAUAUUGAUGUUUUCUUUAUAUUUCAGCCAGAUUUUUGAAAAUAACUCGUCAAAAGUUGAAUAUUUUUUUACAGCCUGUAAGGUUAUUACGGUUGGCAAAUUAAGCUGUUAUUGGGUGUUUGUAUUGUGAUUUCUAGACUAUUGACCUGAAAUAUCUUUUCACUAUAAUCUUUAGGGCAUCUGUUAAGUCCUGGAGUUGUAAUUUCAGUUUAUGCAGUUAAUGUGCCACAUUUGUCUGUAUCAAACAAACGAUAAUUGUAAUGUAGAAAACAAAUAUUUAUUCGUAAGUGUUUUGUAGAACACGCAAGAUGAUUUUCAUGUCAUUGUGACACACAACAUGCUAGUGAUGCGACUCUGAUAUGUCUUUGUUUAACAAACGAAUGUUUUCUAGAACACGCAAGAUGAUUUUCAUAUCGUCGUGAAACACGACAUGCUAGUGAUACAACUCUGAUAACUCUUUGUUUAACAAAUGAAUGUUUUCUAGAACACGCAAGAUGAUUUUCAUGUCGUGACACAUGACAUGCUAGUGAUGCGACUCUGAUAACUGUUUAUCAAAUGAAUGUUUUCUAGAACACGCAAGAUGAUUUUCAUGUCGUGACACACAACAUGCUAGUGAUGCAACUCUGAUAACUGUUUAACAAAUGAAUGUUUUCUAGAACACGCAAGAUGAUUUUAAUGUCGUUGCGAAACACGACAUGCUAGUGAUGCAACUCUGAUAACUCUUUGUUUAACAAAUGAAUGUUUUCUAGAACACGCAAGAUGAUUUUCAUGUCAUUGUGACACACAACAUGCUAGUGAUACAACUCUAAUACUUUGUUUAUCAAAUGAAUGUUUUCUAGAACACGCAAGAUGAUUUUCAUGUCGUUGUAAAACACGACAUGCUAGUGAUGCGACUCUGAUAACUGUUUAACAAUGAAUGUUUUCUAGAACACGCGAGAUGAUUUUCAUGUCGUUGUAAAACACGACAUGCUAGUGAUGCAACUCUGAUAGUAAAAGUUUAGCAAGUAAAAUGGCACUACGAGAUUGUAAUAGCUUAAAGCUAGAGAAAUAAUAUUAGAUUACAGAAUCUUGAAUGUGAAAUAAUAGCAGACAAGUAACUUGCUAGUACACUUAACAACCACAAAUGAUAGCAUAGAAUUUAAAAUGUUUGCUAUUUCACUGUAUUGACAUUACUAAGUAGCAGAUACAAAGAAUUAAACGUUAUUUAGUAAAUAUGAAAAUGUUUUUCUUGUUUAGCAGUAUUUUAGGUUGGAACUUGUCAAUAUUCUUUUUGGAAUUAUGUUAAAAUUCUUAAUCCAUCACACAAGUAAUCACUGAAUAAUAAAAAUUUUUAUUGUGCCCUAAACUUUAAGACCAGUAAAUAAAGUAAUUGAUAGCCAAUCCCCAAUCUAUGAAUUAAAUAGUGUAUAAAGAUUUAAAACAAAAAAACAUUUAAAUUUUAAUCAUUUAAACAUUGUUUUAAGGUUGUUAACCCCCUGGUGGUGAGCUCUGUUAUUAAUUUGAGUUUGAGACAUGUUAAAUCUCCGUUUGGUGGUAACUGAAGAAAGAACUUUGUUUUUACUUUAUUCUCAUCUUUAAAUUUAUUAACUUUGUAUUUAUUUAAAGAUUGGGGUAACGUAUAUUUUAUGUCUUGAGAUCAAAGUUUGUUUCCUUUUUGUACUUUUCUUGUGAGUUCACUCAUUAUUUCAAAAGUCAGUAGUUUGUAUUUUAUCAUUUGUUUCACAUUAUCAAAACCAACGUUCCUUCAGUUGUCUAUAGAAAUAUUUUGAUUUUAUACAGUGGUUCCUGAAGUGAUCUGAACUUUUUUUUUUAUAUACAAGAAAUAGGAUUUUUCAAAUGUGAAUUACAAAAAUAAUUCAGCAUGAUUUAUUGUGUAUUUUUAUGUUUUAUAUUAAAGAAAAAAAGUAACAUUUGUCUGUAUCAGUAAUUUAGUUUUUCACAAAAUCUUGAAAUUAAUUUCCAAACAUAUUUAACGUAGUUACUGAGUGUUGUGAGACUUAAUGUGUAUAAACUGGUUUCAGAACGAUCAUUGUUAUUGUAAAUUAUUUUUGAUAGGAUAUACUUUUUUAUAGUACUUAAUGGAAGUCACUUUACAUUGUCUCUAUUACUUAAUUCAUUUAGUCAAAGAAGCGAAAACGUAAGAUUGUAUUUGAUACAUUAUUUUGUAGUUUCUUAUGAAGAACACUAAUAAAAGUUAUAAAUCUCUGGGUCA